AUGGAACUCCGUAAUAGAGGUAGUUUGAGUUGUGAAAACUGCAGAAGGAGAAGAAUUAGAUGUAAUCAACUUAAACCAAGAUGUUCUCAAUGCGCACGCGCCGGUUUACGUUGUUCAGGGUACAGGGACCAGUUGGACAUUCUGUUUCGAGAUCAAACAGAAGCUAUAACUCAGAAAUUCCAUAGUUCUUCGGGUACAACGGAUGUAAUCUCACUGCCCCGGACCCCGUCAUGGCCGGUGGAGGACAUUGCGUGCAAGUAUUUCUUCGAUAAUUUCAGCAUUACGGACAGUUUCCGCAUGUGUGUCAAUGAACCAUCUAUGCAACACUCUGUACCAGCUACUUCCAGUUUUACAUCUGUUGGGCUAGCUGCCUUGGCAAUCAUGCAUAAGGAUCCCGACUUGAUGGUUCUAGCUAGACGCCAUUAUUCGUCCGCGCUAAACCUCCUCGCUAAAGCUAUCGGUCAGCCUAAAGAGUCUGUUAAUGGGGCGCUAGUCGCUGCCAGCUUCAAUUUAUCUGUAUUCGAGGUAUUAAAUCUGAUAGCUUGUGACGCUCCUUCAGCUGCCCACUUAUGGGUAAAGCACAUAAAAGGGACGCUCGUGCUCCUAAACAUGCUAAAGCUUCAUCCAGACGGGAUGGUUAACGAGAUAGAAGGGCUGAUACAGAUUGCCUAUACUGCAGCGCUCGCCUACCUUAUUUGUGAGCAGACAUCCUGCAGGGUCUUUUCCAUGGGGACGACCCUUUUACCCAUGAUAGAACUGUUUGAUAUAAUGAGCAGCUUGAUUGACCUGAAAAUAAGAGCAAAGCAUUCCGAUGCACAUGACUACGUCCAGCUUAUAUCUACAGCUAUUGAUUUUGACCGACGUCUACUUGCGUGGGCCAACAACCUCCCUCCAACUUUCACCUUCGAUGCUAUUUUUGGAUGCUCUUCUCACUCUCGCGAACAUGGCUGGCUUGUCAAAGCCUGGCACUAUUAUUGGCUUUGUCGGGUACUUGCCAGUAAGGUAGUGAUUGAUAGCCUUGACGCCCUCUCCCCGUCUAUUCAAUUAACCCAUGUGACAUUGAUCACUGAGUCGAAGGCACAGUAUAGCAAAUCAUUAUCUAUACUCAGACAAGCGCCACGAGAAAUACAUGCCAGCAUUCCGCCUAUGUUAAGACGUAUGGGUCGGUCAUCUCUCGCGUUGUCUUCUGAUACAUCGUUUUUGAUCACUAUUUUACAAUCUCUCUCCAUCUUGACAGAUCAACAUAUUGUGAUCAAUAACUGGAAUCUACAGUAG